GGGCUGAGUGAGCUGCCGCCGCCGCCGCCGCCGCCGCCGGGGGAGGGGCGGCCGCCGCCCGCCUGCGCUGAGAGACUCACGCAGCCCCAGUCCCGCCAGUCCGCCAACACUGUAGUGCCGGCCCCCCCUCCUUCCCUGGCCCUUCCCCCUCCCCGCCUUUGGCUCGCUCCGCCUUUCUGCCCCCCACCCCCACUUCACGGGCACGGGCCAUUCCCGGCCAGGAAACGCCGUGGCGCCGCGUUGGGCCUAACUCGAGUCCUGCUGCCUCCCGGGAGUGCUGUGCGCCGCAGCCCGGGCCCAGGCCCCGGCAGCGCCUGGGACAAGGUCUUCAGAGCUACUGGCAGAUAAUUUUGGGGGACUUCAUAUUUGGAGGUCUAUAAAAAGGAUUCCUCAUGUCCAUAACAUGUUGGUUAAGGCUGUGCAGCUCACCCCCACUCUCAGAGUGGCCAGUCUCCAUUAAUUGGACCCCGUGAUUUCCACUCUGUGCUGUAUUGGACGUCAUGAGCAUUGCAAUCCCUCUGGGAGUCACCACACCAGAUACAUCCUACUCAGAUAUGGCUGCUGGAUCAGAAAAGGAAGUGGAAGCCCCCUACCUUUCAAGACGAAGUGGCACUACACCAGGAUGUGAAAGUCCAGCGAAAGAGACCCAAGGGGCCUAGGGGGCAGCACACCCCCAGAAGCCAAGUCUAUUCCAGGCAGUACCAGGGAUUAGGGUCUGGGCUGGAAAAAUCCUGGUGUUUUGAAUAUGUUCAGGUCCAGUUCAGACUCUUGAUCCCACAGCCACUUCUUGAGUGAGGGUAUCCUGUCUUGGUAGUGAAUGGAAGAGGGCCUGGUCCCUGGGGCAGUGCAGAAGGCACUUUCAUCAUCUCACUCACUGCAAAUGUCAUGUGAGGUUUCAUGGAAGUAUUAAGAGAUCCAAUUAAGAAGAAUAGUUCUGAGUCUAAACCAGCCCAGAGUGGCUUCUCUAGGGGAAACUCCCUGCUCAGCUGCCCUGAAUCUGUGGAGGCUAGUCCAGCAGUUAAUGAGAAGAGCGUGUAUUCCACUCAUAAUUAUGGGACCACUCAGAGACAUGGGUGUCGAGGACUGCCUUAUGCUGAUCAUAAUUACGGAGCCCCUCCUCCUCCGACACCUCCUGCUUCUCCCCCUGUCCAGACGAUCAUCCCUCGUUCUGACCUGAAUGGCCUGCCGUCGCCCGUAGAGGAACGCUGUGGAGACAGCCCGAACUCUGAAGGAGAGACUGUUCCUACCUGGUGUCCUUGUGGUCUUUCUCAGGAUGGCUUCCUUCUCAACUGUGACAAGUGCAGGGGAAUGAGCAGGGGGAAGGUUAUUAGACUUCAUCGGCGGAAGCAGGACAACAUAUCAGGUGGGGAUAGCAGUGCAACAGAAAGCUGGGAUGAGGAGCUUUCUCCUUCCACUGUGUUGUACACAGCAACACAGCACACACCUACAAGCAUCACCCUAACUGUUAGAAGAACCAAACCCAAGAAGCGGAAGAAGAGUCCAGAAAAGGGUCGUGCAGCAGCAAAGACGAAGAAAAUCAAGGCAUUUCGAGAGGGAUCCCGGAAGUCCUUGCGGAUGAAGAAUUCUCCUUCUGAAGCACAGAAUUUAGAUGAGAAUACAACUGAGGGAUGGGAAAAUCGGAUAAGACUAUGGACUGAUCAGUAUGAAGAAGCUUUCACUAAUCAGUACAGUGCAGAUGUACAGAACGCCCUUGAACAACAUCUACAUUCUAGCAAGGAAUUUGUGGGCAAACCUGCUAUUUUAGACACUAUUAAUAAGACUGAAUUGGCCUGUAAUAAUACAGUUAUUGGUUCCCAAAUGCAGCUACAGUUGGGAAGAGUCACUCGUGUUCAAAAGCACCGGAAGAUCCUGAGGGCUGCAAGAGACUUGGCUCUGGACACUCUUAUAAUAGAGUAUCGAGGGAAAGUCAUGUUACGACAGCAAUUUGAGGUCAAUGGGCAUUUCUUCAAAAAACCAUACCCCUUUGUGCUCUUCUACUCAAAAUUCAAUGGUGUAGAGAUGUGUGUGGAUGCACGUACUUUCGGUAAUGAUGCUCGGUUCAUCAGAAGAUCAUGUACACCAAAUGCAGAGGUGCGACACAUGAUUGCAGAUGGGAUGAUUCACCUGUGUAUCUAUGCGGUAUCUGCCAUCACCAAAGAUGCUGAGGUCACCAUAGCAUUUGACUAUGAGUACAGUAACUGUAAUUAUAAAGUGGACUGUGCGUGUCACAAGGGGAACCGGAAUUGCCCUAUACAGAAAAGGAAUCCCAAUGCUGCAGAACCACCACUCCCACCUCCUCCAAGCUUACCCACCAUCGGAGCGGAGACAAGACGUAGAAAAGCACGACGGAAAGAGCUAGAGAUGGAGCAGCAGAAUGAGGCUCCAGAAGAGGAUAACAAUCAGCAACCAGAACAAGUUCCUGAGAAAGCAGCUGUGUCCAGUGAUCAUGAGGAAAUAGACAAUCCAGAAGAAAAAGCAGAAGAAGAGAAAGAAGAAGUUACAGAUGACCAGGAGAACCCAGCUUAUAGCAGAAGGACCCGGGAAGAUAGGAAGGUCGAAGCCAUCAUGCAUGCUUUUGAAAACUUAGAGAAAAGAAAGAAGCGGCGGGAUCAUCAGCCCUUGGAACAAAACAGCUCUGACGUAGAGAUUACUACCACCACUUCAGAGGCCGCCGUGGGAGAAGAGGCAAAAACUGAAGCCCCUGAACCCGAAGUUAGCAACCCUGCUUCAAACAUGGCCAUCCCAAGCACCGCACAGAGUGUUGGAGUGAACACCCGGAGGUCUUCCCAAGCAGGGGAUGUUGCUGCAGAAAAACCAGUCCCCAAGCCACCUCCAGCAAAGCCUUCUAGGCCCCGACCGAAGAGUCGAAUUUCUCGGUACCGGACCAGUUCAGCCCAAAGACUAAAGCGUCAGAAGCAGGCCAUUGCACAACAGGCGGAGUUGUCACAAGCUGCCUUGGAAGAGGGAGGAAAUAACAGCUCUGUAACUCCUACUGAAGCUGGAAAUAUAGACAGUUCAGGAGAAAACAGGCUAUUAAUGGGGUCUGACCCAACUGUAGUAUCAGUUACUGGAUCCCAUGUCAACCGUGCUGCACCUAAAUACCCCAAAACCAAAAAGUAUCUAGUUACAGAAUGGUUGAAUGACAAAGCAGAGAAGCAAGAAUGCCCUGUUGAGUGCCCUUUACGUAUCACCACGGAUCCAACUGUACUGGCAACAACCCUGAACAUGUUACCCGGUCUUAUCCAUUCCCCAUUAAUUUGCACCACCCCCAAACACUACAUUCGCUUUGGCUCACCCUUUAUCCCUGAGAGACGUCGAAGGCCCCUUCUGCCUGAUGGCACCUUCAGCUCCUGUAAAAAGCGCUGGAUAAAGCAAGCCUUGGAAGAAGGGAUGACUCAAACAUCAUCUGUACCCCAAGAGACUAGAACUCAGCACCUAUACCAAAGUAAUGAGAAUAGUAACUCUUCUAGUAUCUGCAAAGACAAUGCAGACUUGUUGAGCCCAUUAAAGAAAUGGAAGUCUCGCUAUCUGAUGGAACAGAAUGUUACCAAGUUACUGCGGCCUCUUUCUCCAGUCACACCACCCCCUCCCAAUCCAGGCUCAAAGAGCCCCUCGUUGACCACACCUGGCCCAUCUCACCCAGAAGAGGAGUGUCGAAAUGGAUACAGCCUCAUGUUCUCACCAAUCACGUCUCUUACUACUGCUAGUCGCUGCAAUACUCCUCUGCAGUUUGAGCUUUGUCACCGGAAAGACCUGGACUUGACAAAAGUAGGCUACCUUGACUCCAACACUAACAGCUGUGCUGACAGACCUUCCCUGAUCAACUCAGGUCCUUCUGACCUGGCUCCUCAUCCCUCUGUCGGGCCCCCCUCUGAGACUGGCUUUCCAAGCAGGAGUGGAGAUGGACAUCAGACCCUUGCAAGGAACUCGGACCAGGCAUUUCGGACAGAGUUUAACUUAAUGUACGCCUACUCCCCGUUGAACGCUAUGCCUCGAGCAGAUGGAUUAUAUCGAGGGUCUCCCCUAGUAGGGGAUAGGAAGCCUUUACAUUUGGACGGGGGAUAUUGUUCCCCUGCAGAAGGGUUUCCCAGCAGAUAUGAACAUGGUUUUAUGAAAGACCUCUCUCGUGGAUCCAUGUCACCUGGUGGUGAAAGGGCUUGUGAAGGAGUCCCAUCUGCCCCCCAGAACCCACCGCAGAGGAAAAAGGUAUCCCUGCUGGAGUACCGAAAACGGAAACAAGAAGCCAAGGAGAAUUCUGCUGGUGGGGGAGGUGACUCUGCACAAAGCAAAAGCAAGUCUGCAGGAGCUGGGCAAGGCAGCAGCAACUCACUUUCUGACACUGGUGCCCAUGGUGUACAGGGAUCCUCAACCCGAACUCCAUCUUCCCCUCACAAAAAAUUCUCCCCAUCUCAUUCCUCUAUGUCCCAUAUGGAGGCGGUAAGCCCAUCAGAUUCCAGAGGCACUUCAUCUCACUGCAGACCUCAAGAGAAUAUCAGCAGUAGGUGGAUGGUUCCCACGUCAGUGGAACGACUCCGAGAAGGAGGGAGCAUCCCCAAGGUCCUCCGAAGCAGUGUGAGGGUGGCCCAAAAAGGGGAGCCUUCUCCCACGUGGGAGAGUAACAUCACAGAAAAAGACUCAGACCCUGCAGAUGGAGAAGGCCCAGAGACACUGAGCUCAGCACUCUCUAAAGGAGCAGCCGUUUACAGCCCUUCCAGAUACAGCUACCAGCUCCUGCAGUGUGAUAGUCCACGGACAGAAUCACAAAGCCUCCUUCAGCAGAGUUCCUCCCCCUUUAGAGGACAUCCCACCCAAUCUCCAGGAUACAGUUAUCGAACUACUGCACUGAGACCUGGAAAUCCCCCCUCUCACGGUUCUUCAGAAUCUUCCCUCUCUUCUGCGUCCUAUUCCAGCCCCGCCCACCCUGUAUCCACAGACUCGUUGGCCCCAUUUACGGGGACACCAGGGUAUUAUAGCAGCCAGCCACAUUCUGGAAACAGCACUGGCAGCAAUCUUCCAAGGAGGAGCUGCCCUUCUAGUGCUGCUAGCCCUACCCCACAGGGCCCCUCAGACUCGCCAACCUCAGACUCGGUCUCCCAGUCCAGCACAGGAACUCUGAGUUCCACCUCCUUCCCUCAGAACUCUAGGUCGUCAUUGCCAUCAGACUUACGGACUAUCAGUCUGCCCAGUGCUGGGCAGUCUGCUGCCUACCAGGCCUCCAGGGUAUCUGCGGUUUCCAAUUCACAGCACUACCCACACCGUGGGAGUGGGGGUGUACACCAGUACCGACUCCAGCCGCUGCAAGGGUCAGGAGUCAAGACUCAGACAGGACUUUCCUAGGGCUUCUGGAUUUGGGCAAACAGAACUGAAUGAGCCCAUAGCUGCUUCCUUCCAGCUGCCUCUGGAACCUAGGCCGAGCAUAUUGCUGGGGAAGAGGGUACAAGGUGCCAGAGGACUGGGUCUGGUCGACAAGAAACGAGACUUGUGGUCGCGACUGGCUCUGGCCUUGGAGAAAGAUGUAAAUCUUGUCUGAAGCAGAGACUAUAAAGAAGUUUCUCCCUGCUGUUAAGGGUACAUUGUUGACAAGCAAAUGGUGUUCCGGUUAGUAACGGUUCUAAGUGCAAUGAGUCGUGUUGAAGCCUCUGUCUCCUGUCCUUGCCUGUAGCCUGUAGUCACUUGUGCAGUGGGGACAUCUUUUUACACACACACACACACACACACACACACACACACACACACACACACACACACAACACACACACACACACACACCCUCCCCCCCCCAAAAAAGAAGUUUUCUUUUCAGAGGAAAAAAAGUCAGAAGAGCCAAUCUCAGAGCCCCAAGCCAUCAGAGUAGUAUUAGGGUUUUUAUGCACUUAAGAAGGGUAGGUAUGGAAAUGUUUGCCCUGUGACAACUAUUCCCAAAGCAGGUACCUGGCCGAGAUGUGUCCACCAAGAAUACUCCCUACCUUUGUCUUAAAAUCACUGAGAAAUAGGCAGGGAUGGCAAAACUUGGAAUGUGCUCUGGCUGAGGGGUGCCUGGCUCUCUGAAGAAGAGCUCCUGGUCAACUCUUGGGAUUCAGGAGCAGAUGAUCAUAGUAGAUUGUCUGAGCCCCCAGCUGUUCCCACCCUCCUCCCCUCCCCAAGCUGUCUCACAGCUCAGUAACCCAGAAAGGAAGUAGGCAAAGAAAAGAGAAAUAAGUGAGAUGGGCCAAUUGCAUUGCUACUUAUCAGCUGUUGGCAAUAAAUUUGAUUAGCAAGGAUCCCAAGUGUUUUGGGAAUUCUUUGAAUUUUAUUUUUUCUACUCCCAGUUAAUCAGGAGUUGAUGAUCCCAUGAAUAGGACCACCUCCAUGAUUAGGGAGCACGCACUUGUGACUGCAGGGUAAGAGUGGAAAGAUACAUUUGUGGAGUGGCACCGACAGGACUGUGAUUGUGUGUGGGCAUGUCCCACAUUUCUUUGGGGGAUGCUUAUUUGAGAGUGGCCCAGGUGAGAGAGUUAAAAAGCCACCCACACACCUAACACUGUUCUGGAUGAGAGACUCGAGCAGACUGGCUUCUCCCCAUCAGUGCAUUGUGCCUGUUGUACACCCCUGGAGGAGCCCUGGAGCCUGCCCAGGUGGGGUACACAAUCUUUUUAAAUUCCAUACGGUUGCCAGCUUAUUUCUUUCACUUGUUUACUGUAAUAUCUGGCGUGUUUUUAUUUAUCUAAUUUUGUAUUCAGUUAUAACCAUGGUAGGGGUAGCAAAUAUAUGACAGGUGUAAUCCCUGGUGCUGCAGUGGACCUUACUUCUUUUCUUUUGGACAAGAUAAUACUGUGAGUCUCCCUCCUUCCUUCCAAUUUGUUUUCUUCUUUUUUUCUCCAGCCUCUUGCAUCCCCUUCUUUUCUACCCUCUCCUACAACUAUCAUAUGCACAGUCUUCUCUCUUUGUGUGUGACUGUUACAAAAUUUCACUUUUUCAAAAUUGAAAUCAGGUGUUUGCUCAAAUGAGGGGAGAUUUUUUUUGUUUUGUUUUGUUUUAAUGCUGAAACCUCAGCACAAUACUUUUCUUUUUGUUGUUUCCCCCACAAACCCAUCAGUCUGGGAGAGCGUUGGGAGUGGAAAUCAUGUUGCCUGGGAUGCUGGUUUCUUUGUAUAUUAUAUAAAACGUAUGUAAAUGUCUCUCCAUUUGGGCUGGGGUUUGCAUUCUCCCCUUGGCUUUAGCCAGGGGGAGAGGCCAGCGGGCAGGCGGCCCUCACCCUGCCUGGCACGUGCAGAGACCCCAGCCACUCUGUGUGGGCAGGGUGCUGUCAAGACCAGACCUCUGGGGGGGGUGGGGGCGGGGGGUGGGGGGAACUCUUGGAAGGGAAGAAGUAUCACUUCUUUCUCAAGUGGAGUGUUUACACCUUGCUGUAACAUUUGAACUUUCACAAGAGAUGUAAUAAUUUUGAUAAUAAAAUUCUUAACCAUAA